AUGUAUGUUACAUAUAAAAAUGCUGGUCCAUCGUUUAUGCUUUGUUUUAUGUCAAUUGUUUUAAAUAUUAUUGUAAUUCCAGGCAUUUUUAUGAAUGCUUCAAUUAUUUAUGUUACAAUUAAAUAUUAUAAAACACUUCGAGGGACAUCAAGCUUUUUGUUAGCUUUAAAUGCUUUUUAUGAAUUUCUUCAUGGAUUUGCCCAUCAAGUUUUUUUAGUUUCUGCUUUGUCUGGAAGAAAUUUUAUUUCAUAUUGGACAGUUUUUUGUUGGGAAGUUAUACCUCUUUGGGGGUGUAGUUCGAGUGUUGUGACUAUAGCAUUGACGGGAUUGGAUAGACUUUUACAAGUUAGCUACCCAAGCUGGCACGAAAAUGUUAAAAAGAAAUUUUAUCUUGGUUUUAUGGUUAUUUUCUCGCUUGGUUGUGGUUCUUUAGUUGGAUUAAAAUUUUGGGAUAUUGCUACAAGAUUUCCAGACGUCCCUCAAACUGGCACUUUAAGCGAUGUUUUCCUUUUUGAAUUUAAACCUCUUUUCUUUGUUUAUAUGGGUUUAUGUAAUAGUUUAAGUAUUGUAUUUUAUAUUGCUAUUUUUGUUUCUGUUCAUCGACAAACAGGUAAAUAUUUAUUAAUCUAA